GAAGAGAAAGAGAAAAGAGCCAUGGCAACAUGACCAAAGCACGGCUUCCGCACCUUCUCCGCUACUUCGACUUGCCAGGGUCGGCGUCCAAAUGCCAACUACGGGCUGCCUAUGUGCAGAGGGUGAAGAAGGUUCAUCCAGACGCGAAGGGCGGCAAGAGCACCCAGGAGUUCUUAGAGCUGCAGCAGAUGUACGGGGAAGCCUUGGCCUUGCUUGGCCGUGGGCAAGCCCAGGGCCAAGCUCCGAGCCGGCGCUUUCGCCACGCCGGCCAUGGCGAUCGCGGCAGAGCCGGCGAAGCGGAGACUGGCGCGAGGGUUUGCGCGGUGCCGGUGGUUGGAUGGCCUCCAGAAGUCGUGUACACAGCUGUGGCCGCAGCUCUGCUCCUGGCAUCAGUUGCUGGACUGAGGCAAAGAUCACCCUCAGUGCAGGAGGUGUCUGUGAGGGCUUCAGCUCCUGCAGAUGGUGGACGGCCUGCGUCAUUUGAUCAUGGGUUGCAAAGUGGCCCAUGGAACGUGCCUUUGUCGAGGUCAAAGAAUGGCGUCGGCACUGAGAGCUACAUAAAGAAGCUGAGUGGGCGAGCUCGCCAUCGAAGCCUCGACUACGACCACACACCGCAGCUUCGCAAGGGCAUCGAUGUGCUCCCUGUACAUAUCGCCGCAGAGGAGAACUCUGUGUUUUAUUUGGAGCAGUGCGGAGCCAACCCCAGCUGCAGAUCCUUGUUGAACGCCGCGGAUGCCCGUGGGGACACGCCGCUGCACCACGCGGCCUCCCAUGGAGCGCAGCAAGCAGCGCAGGCCCUGCUGCGCCUGGGCGCCGAGGCGACUCGGAACAGGGUGGGGAAGUUUCCAGAAGAGGUUGCGCAGGGUCCCAUUGCGCACCUGCUGGCGCAGUCGCGAGGUGGCACUGGUGGCACUCGCUUUGCCUCUCGCCAUCCAGACGGCUUGGGGGUCAUGCAAGAGCCGCCGCCGGAAGCCGCGGUCUUCACGGGGCUACGACAUUACGACUGCUUGCGCCAAGCGGUCAACAUGGCAGCUGGCUGCCAAAUUGCGCCCCCGCUGCCCGUGUCCAGAGAAAUGAGGCAGAACCCAUCUGCUGCACCCAGUGCCUCGCUUGCAGCCCCUGACCUGGCCUUUUGCUUCACUCUGAGUGGUGGGCAUCAUCAAUGCUGGCAUUCAAGACACGGGGUUCCAACUGGUGGACAGCUUGGCCGAUGUGAGCGCAGGCGCGCUGCUCUACGAAGCACCUGGCAAGGUGUCCCACGAUGCUGGAGGUCACUGGGUGGCAGUGCGCAGGCAGAGGCUCGCCUCGACGGAUGUCUAUUGGCGCUUGGAUCCUUUGCGCGGCCCAUUCCAUUUGACGGCUGAGGAGUUUGCGGAGCUGUCUCGGAGGUACCCCACAUGGCAACUCACGAGCAAGACUGAGUCCGCUUCGUGAUUGCUUUGAGCCCGAGAGCUGGCGAACUUCCCAGAA